AUGCGCCUUCCGGUGACUGUUCGACGCAUCUUCCAGUCACUGUUCGAUGCGCCUUCCGGUGACUGUUCAUGCAUCUUCUGGUGUCUAUAUUUGCAUCGUCAACAUUUGUUUUUGAUUUUCUUUAUUUCCGAUUUUACAUUUUUCUCCGGCGACAUGUGCACUCUUCAGUUACGUUUUUAUGUGUCUUGGUUUGUUUCUUGUUUCUUCCCGAUUUUACAUUUUUCCGGCGACUUGUGCAGUUUCCGUAUAAGAUUUUAUACUCCGCGUUACUGUACUCUCGAGUUCGAUGGUGCAUCCAGUGGAAAUCCUGGAAAAUCUGGUGCAGAAGCUGUACUGCGUUCUGGGAAUGAGGUCCAUCGCUUCAGUCGAGGACUGGGCACUCAAACAAAUAAUUCUGCUGAGUAUCAAGGUUUAAUUUUGGGAUUGAAAGAAGCCAAUAACAAAGGGUAUGAUCAUGUUGAAAUCCGAGGUGAUUCCAAGCUUGUCUGCGAGCAGUUUGCAGCUGGCCAAGUUCAAGAAGACUAUUACUACUACUGA